AUGUCUUCUCCCAAUUCUUCUUCAUAUCGUCUUCAACAACAAAGGCAGCAGCAACUAAUGCAGCAGCAACUGGCUUCUUCUUCUCAGCUUCAUCAGAAUUCAAUGGGAUUGAACCCACAGCAGAUGUCCCAAAUGGUACAACGGCAACAACGAAUGGGCCAUUCCCAGAUUGAACCAGCAGCCACAACUGCUUUCGCAUCAGCAGCCACCACAGCAACAGCAAUUGAUUUCGCACAGAAGAUGCAGUCUCCAAGAAUGGUGGCUCCUGGAGGCCAGAAAUCUGUAAGUUUGACGCGAUCUCAGCCAGAUGCUACUGCAUCUGGAAAUACUAUUCCGGGGGGGAGUUCGAGCUAA